CACGAUUUCCGACUCGGGAAAACAGCUCUCCAUCUUCCCUCCAUCCAAAACGCUUUUUCAGAAAAAUGCAGUGACACUCCAUCUCUCACGCGAAGAGACGCGAGCGAGACGAGAUGAGAAGAUCGAUACUUCAAAUUCCAGAGAACGAUAUGUGUGGCAGAACUGCCGUUAGCCAACUUUGAAGCCUUUCACGUGACUUCCUUACUUCUUUCAAGGCUUUCUAGUAUUUUCAAUUCAUGAUCCUUUGAGCCAUCCAAACGCUUCCUCAUUCAAUUGGCUUCCAAUCUCCAUAAGAAAAAACAUGAAGCAAGAGAUUGCAGCAGAAAACAAGCCCAGCUUGUCAUACUCUCCAACGCCAGCAAGGCUUAGAGCUUCUAAAACUAAGGAUAGCCCAAGACCAGAUGCUGCUAACGGGACCUCACCAGCCCUGAAAACAAGGCCAAGGUCAGUUCUACCAGAAACAAACAACACCCAGAAAGCUAGAAGAUCUCUUGUGCUGACCAAGCUGAAAUCUGGAGAGGACUUGGGAGCUCAGAAAGGUAGAGAAAUGGAGGAAAGGAAGGUUGGUUAUAGACCCGGGAACCGAACCAUCGAGCAGCAUGUGCGGUUGCAGCAGCGUGCCGACCCGAAUUGCAAGAGGAUUAAAGAUAACCCAGACGGGAAGAGAAAGGAAUUGCAGCAGAGGCUCGAUGUGAGUGAGAAUUUGGUCAAGGAGUUGCAGUCUGAGAUACUGUCCUUGAAGGCACGGUUAGAGAAGCUGCAGAGCUUGAACGUUGAGCUUGAGUCACAGAAUAAGCGUUUCACAGAAGAUCUUGCUGCUGCCGAAGCAAAGGUUGCUGCUCUUUCAAGUCAUGAUCAGAAAGACAAGGUUGCAGAGGAUGUAGAGAACCCCAAAUUUAGAGAUGUUCAAAAACUCAUUGCCAACAAGUUGGAGCAUUUUAGAGUAAAGGAAGCCAUCAGAGAAGACAGACCUGUUAAGAUGCUGUCUGUUGCAUUGGAACCAGUGACUAAAACCGUAGAAAUCCGACCAAAGGUUUCAAUGAAUGGUCCCCCUCCGCCUCCGCCUCCACCGCCACCUCCACCUCGCCAUGUCCCUCCCAAACCAGCGAUCAUGCAAAAAGCUCCAGCCCUGGUGGAAUUUUAUCAUUCUUUAACAAAGAAUGGCGGAAAGAAGGAUCUCUUGGGGGCUGGGAAUUCCAGUAAUGCUGUUACUAUUAAUGCACACAGCAGCAUAGUCGGGGAAAUUCAAAACCGGUCCGCUCAUUUGUUAGCUAUAAAAGCAGAUAUAGAGACGAAAGGGGACUUCAUCAAGUUUCUUAUACAGAAAGUUCAAAGUGCGGCUUAUACGGAUAUAGAUGAUGUCUUGACUUCUGUUGAUUGGCUUGAUAGAGAGCUGUCUUCGUUGGCCGAUGAGAGGGCUGUGUUGAAGCAUUUUGAUUGGCCUGAGAGGAAAGCUGAUGCCAUGCGAGAAGCUGCUUUUGAAUAUCGCGAUCUAAAACAACUGCAUAUCGAAGUAUCUUCCUAUGAGGAUGAUACCUCCAUGCCAUGUGAAACUGCAUUGAAGAAGAUGGCAUGCUUACUAGAUAAAUCGGAGCGGAGCAUUCACAGGCUGAUUAAGCUGCGAGAUGUAAGAAUGCCCUCGUUUAGGGACUGCAAGAUUCCAACAGAGUGGAUGCUCGACUCAGGAAUGAUUAGCAAGAUAAAGCUGGCUUCUGUGAAGCUGACGAAAUUAUACGUGAAGAGAGUGUCAUCAGAGCUCAAAUCAUUUCGGAACUUCGAAAGGGAAUCCACACAGGAAGCACUGCUAGUACAGUGUGUGCGAUUUGCAUAUAAGGCACACCAGUUUGCUGGGGGACUUGAUUCAGAAACAAUGUGCGCCUUUGAAGAGAUACGAAAGCGAGUUUCGACACAAGGAGUAGCGUCGCGAGAAUUGUUGGUGGGCAUGACGGCGGCUUAAGAGAUAAAAGGGGCUCCCAACUGGUGAAGUAGGAUGACUGUUGGUGAGUGGGCCACUAUCUGUCGAGCUAUUUACCAGUCAAGAAAAGCAGUUUAGCUGCAUCGUUAAUUUAUGUAUAAACUGUUUGAGAAGUAUAGUCUAAACAAAUAGAAACCGAUAUUCAGUAAAAAGAGCAUGAAUUUUUAUAAAUGGAAAUGUGUAUAUUUGAGAAUUCAAAAAGAAAAAGAAAAAGGAAUGAAUAUGAAUCAAAUGCCAUGAACAGGUGGUGUAUGUUUAUGCAACUAAAACAAUGCAUUUGUCAUGACACAGACGAUAAUUACUAAUAGACACUAAUGCAAACAAGUUCAUUGUUUUGUAUAGUUAUUACCUGCUAAAGAAAUUACACAUGAUAUAUAACAAUUUCA